AUGUUCAAAUCAAUCGUACAGGAAUACCUCGACAAUACAAAAUAUUCGCAGUGGUCGAUUGUUUCGAUCUUGAAUUAUGUUAGAUCGAAGAAACAAUUAUAUGUACAUGAUGUAGAUGAUCUCAAGGCUGACAUUUAUGCACUGAAGAAAGAGCAAGAAGAUCAGAGAUGUCAGACCACAAUAGAAAGGAUCGUUACGUCUGCGUGCACUCUCACAGCCUUAAAGCAACACAACAAUGCCCAGGCGGACAUUAAUGAAGCGGAAGGAAUCGGCACUCUCAAGGAGAACUAUCUGGUCUCCACACCCAAUAGAAACUCCUUGACCAUUAACGAGGUUGAGGAGGAUCCUAGCAGGGCUGAUGUAAUCAUCAGUUUGCCCGUUGACAAUAAUGAGUGUCUUGGUGCGAAUGAAAACUGUCACGUAGAGAGAAUGGAGCCUGAAGAGACUUCGGGCAACGAGAGACGAUGGAUAUUAUCUAGCGGGACAGAUGUUGCGGAAGUAUUGCAACAAUACUCAAAAACCAUACCAGAGACCCAGAAAUGCAUAAACAGUCCCGUCUACUGGGGGAUUCUGGACCUCACCGGAGAGCAUAUCGAAACGAGGAAUCUAUUUAUGAGCUCGGAUUGGAAUGAAAUGCAACAGAACUUUGACAAGGAAGUGAAGCUUGUCGAAACCACUGCGCCCAACAUUGUUUAUCUUCUUUUCGACAGAAUCAAUGAGAUUUUCAAAGCAGGAAACGCGAAAGUUGCGGAUAUCGAUCGUAUUACGAAAGAAUCGAUUCAAGAGGGACUUGACGAAUCGAUACGUGAUGAAGACGAAUUUGUUUCGGUCAAGCGGGCGAUCUUGACAUACGCCGAGAACCUCAUGGAUGUCGACUUGCCGAUGUCCGAGGCUUCGUUCGAUAAUCUCUUUACCAAUAUGCUGGCAAGGCGAUUCUUAGACAGAAAUGAGUUAAAGAUAGACGUGGGUAAGAUAUGUUGUUGGGCUACUGGCCAACGCCGCAAUGAAGGUCGAUCGGUCGUUUUGCGCGCCCGCAUCGGCCAAAAAUGCGACUUUAGGGGAUCCUUGAAGAACACUAUCGAUAAGAUCGAAGCGAUCGUCGGACUCCGGAGUGGUGGUCUCCCCGAACCACAUCGGAAAAAAAUCUUUGAAGACCAUAUCGAUUUGGGGGUGACGAUGCGUGAUAUCCUGUACAGAACCUUUGCUGCAAAUCCCCGUGCCCCAGACGAAAAACUGCAUAAAUGCUAUGUUCUUGGCAUGCAGUCCUGGGGAUGGACACAGGAUAUUUAUGGAAUGGACUCCAAGGCAACUAACGUCUCUCGGUUUGGAAGGCUUCGACGAAUAAAAUUGCCAAACACAAUGCAUACAAUAUCUUGCUUGGAGGAGGUGUACACUACCAUGUGUGACAUCAAGGCUACUCUAAGGGUUAUCCGUGAUAGUGUUAAUGAUGUUGCACUAGCAAAUGCUCAGGCCCGCAGAAAACAGAAGAGAAAAAGUGAUAAAACAAUGAUUGGGGGCCAAUUUGGAGAUGUAACACAGACACCUCUCAAGAAACAAUGCAAUGAUGUUGUCUCCCCAGUACUAUUUGCAUAG